CAGCUUUUUGGCAACUUAUUUAUCAUUCUCUUUGAUCAUCAUUGUCUAGUGUUUGGUUUAGUGUUUACUAAGGUUAUCAACACGUAAUUAUGAUUCAAUAAAUACCUAAGUUAAACUAGUUAACGAUUAACGACUUCUCUCUAAUCUUAAGUAUACUAUUAAUUAAGAACUUACACUAAAAUGUCGUCUAUGCUUCCGAGAAAUAUACCUUUUAAUAUAAUAAAACGGUGUGUUCAUAAUCAGUAUCUUAUCACUAAAGAAGGCAAUGGCACCCGUGAAAUAACAUUAAAUCAUGAAAAAACAAAAAAUUCUUUGUCACUUGCUAUGAUGGAAAAUCUAAUAGAAGCUAUAAAUGCAAAUAAAAAUGACACUACCUUAAGAGCUAUAGUCUUAUCAGCAACCGGUAAUGUUUUCUCAGCUGGUCAUAACUUAAAGGAAUUGCAAAUGUCUUGUGGAUUGGAGCAACAUAAAUUAAUAUUCAAUAAGGCAACUGAAUUAAUGAAAUCCAUAAUCCAAAGCCCACUCCCUAUAAUAGCAAAGGUAGAUGGAUUUGCAACAGCAGCGGGUUGCCAAUUAGUUGCGACUUGUGAUAUAAUUGUUUGUUCCAAUAAAAGUAAAUUUUCAACACCAGGAGCCAACUUUGGGAUAUUUUGCUCAACACCAGGUAUAGCUGUAGGUAGAAGUGUUCCAAAAGCCAGAGCUAUGCACAUGCUGUUGACUGGUGAACCAAUCACUGCACAAGAAGCAUAUGAGAGUGGUCUAGUAACCAAGGUCGUAUCGGCGGAUAAACUAGAUGAAGAAGUCAAUAAAAUAAUUGAACAAAUUAAACGUAAGAGUCGCAGUGUUAUUACACUUGGAAAAGAAUUUUUCUACAAACAACUCAAUCUUAAUAUUUACGAUGCUUAUAAAUUAGGUGAAGAAGUAAUGGUACAAAACGUUAAUUCUAAUGAUGGUCAAGAAGGAAUAUUAAGUUUUGUAGAAAAACGAAAAGCAUGUUGGAGUCAUAAAUAAGUGUUGAUAUCAAAUAUAUACAUGGGGUAAUAAAA